AUGGCGACGCAAAUACCCCAAAGGUCUGCCAAGAGGCAACGUCUGGCAGACGAGAAGGCCGCUCGCGAAGCUGCUCUGCUUCAGGCGCAAGGUCAACUCGGUCCCUCCACCGAAACACUCGUCAUCCAGUUCCAGUCAGGCCAAGAUGGCUCGCUGCUCGGUCCCACCAUCAACCUGCCCGCCGCGACAGGUCAGAAGGAACUUCAAGCCAUCAUCAACCAGCUUCGACGUCAACUCAAACAGGCACAAGGUCCCAAGAAGCGCUCAAUAGACGAUCCCGAUGCAAGCUCGGAUGACGAUGAAGACGAUGAUGAGGAUCUGCCGUACGCUUUCCACGUCGAUGUGCAGCAGCUGGCUGCUAGUGCCGGCAUCGAAUCCGAGGAGAAGCAGGAGCUCGUAAAGAGCAAUGCGAGGUUGCCCAUCAACGACUCGCUCACCCAAGAUGUCUUGAACGCCCAGGCGGCGAAGAAGCUGGGGCUCAGCCAGGAAGAUACUCUGACGGUGGUGUUCGAACCGCAGGCUGUGUUCAAGGUUCGACCGGUCAGUCGCUGCUCCAGCACCAUGAGCGGUCACGCUUCGCCGAUUCUUUGCAGCACUUUCUCACCAACAGGCUCGCUGCUUGCGACAGGUGCAGGCGACAAGACUGCGCGGCUGUGGGAUCUCGAUACGGAAACGCCGAUGCAUACGCUCGUCGGUCACUCCAACUGGGUCCUGUGUGCGGAAUGGGAAGGCAGAGAACGCAAGCUGGCUACCGGUGGCAUGGAUGGAGAGGUGUGGAUCUGGGAGGCGCUCGAUGCGUCCUUUACCGGCCGCAAAGGCUGGCUUUCACGGUCCGGCAAGCAGGUGGACGAAGAGUGGCAGGCUGAGCAGGAACAGCUCGACAACGCGGAAGGUGGCGACGCAGAAGGCAAACCUGCCAAGAUGGGUGUCAAGCAACGCAGAGCAGCACGUAGCGCAGCGCCUGCAGGCAAGCCUCUGCGAGGACACACAAAGUGGAUCACCUCGCUCUCGUGGGAACCCAUCCAUGUCAACCCGACCAACCCGCGUCUCGCGUCUUCCUCCAAGGACGGCACCGUUCGCGUAUGGAACCCCACUCUUCGCCGAUGCGAGUACGUACUUGGCGGACACACCGCCUCUGUCAACUGUGUGCGAUGGGGUGGUGAGGGUGCCAUCUACACCGCAUCCUCGGAUCGAACCGUCAAAGUGUGGUCGGCCGACGGAGGGAAACUCAUCCGAACGCUCAACGAGCACGCGCAUUGGGUCAACACCAUUGCUCUCUCGACCGACUUCGUCCUCCGAACCGGUCCAUUCGAUCACACGGGUCGAGCCACUUCCUCCUCCCCCUCCUACGUCCAGCCUACUGACGAAGAGGCCAAAGCGUCGGCACUCAAGCGAUACAAAGAAACCACGGGUUCUGGCUCUCAACCCGAGACCAUCAUCACCGGCUCGGACGAUCACACUCUCUUCCUCUGGCCACCCCAGAUCAACGGUUCCGCCUCCACACCCAAAAAGCCCGUUGCACGUCUCACCGGACACCAAAAGACGGUCAACCACGUCGCCUUCUCCCCCGAUGGCAAGAAGAUCGCCUCUGCAUCCUUCGAUAACAGCGUCAAGCUUUGGGAUGCGUCCACGGGUAAGUUCAUCGCCACCCUACGGGGACACGUGGCCAGUGUGUAUCGUUUGGCUUGGUCGAGCGAUUCGCGAUUGCUCGUGUCGGCGAGCAAGGAUUCGACGUUGAAGCUGUGGGAUCCCAUCAAGACGUUCAAGAUCAGAAAGGAUCUGCCGGGUCAUACCGACGAGGUGUACUGUGUCGAUUUCGUGGCGGAUAAGGUGGCGAGUGGAGGACGGGAUAGGAAUGUCAAGAUCUGGCGUCAUUGA